AUGUCUCAAUAUAUAAAAAAAUCGGAAAACCCCGAAGUAAACAAAAUUGUUAUUGAAGAUUUCGUUCAACCUUUCAUAGGAAUUAUAUUAUUUUUAAUAUUCGUCAAAAAGGAUUCUCCGACAGUUCUGUUACCUUGUUUUUAUUAUGAUAGUCCUAAAAAAUUAUUGAUUCAAUCGGAAUAUAGAGAUGAUAAUUUCUUAUAUGCAAGAUCUUCAAUUAUUUCUUCUUCCAGCGAAAUCAAUCAAAUAUCAAUUACAGUACAACAAGUUACAACAAUUACGUCACAUACCACACUAGAAAUAUCAUCUAUGGACACAACAAAUAAAAACACAAAUGAAAUUAGAGGAAUUGAAUGA